GCCCGCGGCUGGCGACGUUUUCGUUCGCGGGGCCCGAGCUGGGCAGGGCGGACAUGGCCGGCAUCACCCAGCUGUUCGAUGACCUGUGCGAGGCCCUCCUGCCAGCGGCCCCGGCUCGCCCGCGCCAGCGCGGCGUGGCCCGGAGCCGGGCGAAGCAGACCCUCAAGCGGGUGGCCUACAAUGCCCUUUUCACGAGCCUGUUCCAAGAGGAGACUCAGCAGCCGCAGCCCGACCUCCCGAAGCUCCCCGUGAGAAACAAGGUCCUCAUGUUGUCCUUCGACCUGAGAGUGGGCGGCCUGGGCCCCGAGGCUGACCGACUGGAGGAGCUGGUGGAGGGGCUGGAGGCAGACCCGUGCUGUCCACUCGUGGAGCUGGGCUCUGCGCUGGACCUCCUCGUCCAGCUGGCAGGGAGCGGCCCGCCACGCACCCUGCGGAGAAAACGGGACUACUUCUGCCACAACAGGCACGCGGGCCGGAACGUCCCCUACGGCGGCUACGACUGCUGCGACCUGCGGCUUUUGGAGAUGGACGUCCAGUCCCUGAUCGCCAGCGAGGAGUACUCCUGUCACAGCAUGGUCCAGGAAACGCUUCAAGUGAUGGAGGCUGCUCCAGGCACUGGCCUGCCCACCGUAGGGCUCUUCUCCUUCGGUGACCCUUGUGGUGACAGGUUUGAGAGAGAAACCCGCAUCUCCAUCUUCGGUGCUCUUGUGCACAGUCGCACUUAUGACAUGGAUGUGCGACUAGACUUGCCCCCUGUGCCUGAUAGUGCAGACCUCUCUGGACUGGCCAUUAAGGUCCCUCAGAGUGUGGAUCAGUGGGAAGACGAAGGGUUCCAGUCAGCAUCCAAUUUGACUCCUGAUUCUCAGUCUGAACCAAGCAUGACUCCAGAUGUGGACUUGUGGGAAGCUGCCCUCACGUAUGAGCCCAGCAAGCGGAGGUGCUGGGAGCGAGUGGGAUGCCCCCCUGGCCACAGAGAGGAGCCCUACCUCACUGAGGCGGGAAGGGACGCCUUUGACAGGUUCUGCAGGCUCCGCCAAGGUGAGCUUCAGGCGCUCAGUGGGGGCCUCCUGCAGGCCCCAAGGCCCCUGCUGGUGAAGGAACAAGAGCUGGUGAAGGACUCGCUGAACGUCCUGCUUGGGGUGGUGUCCGCCACGUUCUCCCUCUGCCAGCUCUCUCAGGCCUUUGUUGUGGAGCGGGGUGUCCACGUGUCAGGGGCUUCUCCCGAGAGCAUCAGCAGUAUCCUGUCAGAGGUGGCUGAGUAUGGGACCUGCUAUACACGCCUGAGCCACUUCUCCGUGCAGCCCGUGCUGGGCUCCUCCUGCAGCAGGGGCCUUGUGUUUCAGGCCUUCACCAGCGGCUUGAGGCGGUACCUGCAGUACUACCGGGCCUGCGUCCUCGCCACCCCGCCCACACUCAGCCUCCUCACCAUUGGCUUUCUCUUUAAGAAGUUGGGCCGGCAGCUCAGGUACCUGGCUGAGCUUUGUGGUGUUGGCACUGUGCUCCCUGGGUCCAGCGGAGGAGAGCCCAGGGAUGCAUUCCCUACCGGGGUGAAGCUGCUGUCCUACCUCUACCAGGAAGCCCUGGACAACUGCAGCAAUGAGCACUACCCUGUGCUGCUGUCCCUGCUGAAGACAAGCUGUGAGCCCUAUACACGGUUCAUUCAUGACUGGGUGUACAGCGGGGUCUUCAGAGACGUGUAUGGGGAGUUCAUGAUCCAGGUGAACCACGAGUACCUUGGCUUCAGAGACAAGUUUUACUGGACCCAUGGCUAUGUGCUCAUCUCCAAAGAGGUGGAGGACUGUGUGCCUGUGUUCCUGAAGCACAUUGCCCACGACGUGUACGUCUGUGGGAAGACCAUCAACCUGCUGAAGCUCUGCUGUCCCCGGCACUACCUCUGUUGGUCAGAUGUCCCUGUGCCUCGCAUUUCGGUGAUUUUCUCCCUGGAGGAGUUGAAGGAGAUAGAGAAGGACUGUGCCGUCUACGUUGGGCGGAUGGAGAGGGUUGCCCGCCACAGCUCCAUCAGCAAGGAGGAGAAGGAACUACGUAUGGAAAUUGCAAAACAAGAAUUAAUUGUCCAUGCCCGGGAAGCAGCCUCCAGGGUCCUGAGUGAGCUGAGCGACCGGCAGAUGUCCGAGCAGAUGGCCUUAGAUGCCCGGAAGCGAGAGCAAUUUCAGCGUCUAAAGGAGCAAUUUGUGAAGGACCAGGAGCGACGCCUGGCGGCCCGACAGGAAGAACUGGAAGAUGACUUCAGCUAUGCUCGUGAGGUCCGGGACCGAGAGAAGCGGCUGACAGCCCUGGAGGAAGAGCUGGACAGGAAGGCCAGGCAGGCACUGGUGGACCACUAUAGCAAGUUGUCUGCAGAGGCAGCUCGUCGGGAGCAGAGGGCACUGUGGAGAAUCCAGAGGCACCGAUUGGAAAGUGCACGGCUUCGUUUUUUCCUAGAAGAUGAAAAGCGUGUCCAGGAGAUGCUGAAGAACGUGGCUGAGGUUUGCCAGCCCCAGGAGCUGCUGGGUCACCUCCCAGGUACCUGCUCCCAGGUCAAUGCCCUGUUGCAGGUCACAUCUCCAGGCCCCGAGCACCCAGACAGAGGUCCUACCUGUAAUUCAGCACCCACAGAGCUGCACUUGGCUGCCUGGGAUUGUCCAGGCAGGCCGAGUGUGCCCGCUACGCAGGCCAUUGAGUCUCCAGCAGUUGGGGCUGGUGGCUCAGGGACCAGACUGGCAGAGGGGGCUGAGCCGUUCUCUGCUGGCCUCAGCAUCACAGACUUCCUGCCCUUGGGUCCCAGCGCUGAGCAGCCUGUGCAGACCAACAGGGCCCUUCCCCUGGAGGAGGCGCUGCAGACCAUCAGCUCAGACCUGCCUGCCGUUUCCCCUGGGGAGGCCCAUGCCACAGCUGGCACACAGCCUGCCCAGCCACAGGAGUACGACUUCAGCACCGUCCUGAGGCCAGCUGCGGCCACCUCACCUUCCCCAGGUCCCCUUCAGGCUGUUGAGGGCAGCUUGGGCCCUGAGGAGCACGCGCCAUGGGAGGGCACGCACGAGGGCACACAGAUGGCUCUGUCCCCCCCACUCAGGCAUGUCACCUCUGAGGAGGGAAGCAACCAGCCCACAGGGCAGCUCCAUAGGCACGUGUCAGAUGCCAGCAUCAGGGUUGGCGAGAACAUGCCAGAUGUGGCUCCCUCUCGGCCACGGUGGAACGUCCACGGGCACGUGUCGGAUGCCAGCAUCAGGGUGGGGGAGAACAUGCCAGACGUGGCUCCCUCCCGGCCACGGUGGAACGUCCACGGGCACGUGUCAGAUGCCAGCAUCAGGGUGGGGGAGAACAUGCUAGAAGCUGAGCCCAUCCCACCCUGGCCCCACCAGAACCCUCCUAGCCACGAGUCCCAGGCAGGCUCAAGCCUGGAAGUACAGAACCCUGCCCUGGAACAUGGGCCACGGCUACCUGUAGACACGGAGCCUUCCAUCUGCUGUCCCAAAGUGGGCAGCCUGCAGAACUUGCCCUCUGUUGCGUCCAAGUCCAGCACUUUGGGAGACAGUGUCUCUGAGGAGCCAGGUGCAGGGAAGAAUGGUGACAAUGAUGACCUCUCUCCAAGCUGGCCUCCAAACUCUCAGGUUGGAAGGACACAGCCUGGGGAGGGGAGCAUGCAGGGAGCCCCACAUGCCCUUUUCCAACACAAACCCAAGGGGGCCUGGGAGCAGCUGCUGGGCGGGGUGCCCACCUUGAGUUUGGAUUCUCAGGAAGGCACAGCUGCCCCGAGCAGCCCUGAGGCAGCAGCUGAGGUGGAGGCGCUGCGCUGGGGCAAGGAGCAGGCCUAUGUGGCAGGCCUGGCCAGUCGGUACCACCUGGAGCAGUACCCGGACAGCUACGAGUCCAUGUCAGAGGCCCCCGCUGCCCACCUGGUACGCCACGUGCUUCCCCGGGCCUUCGCCUUCCCCGUGGACCCCUGGGUGCAGUCGGCUGUGGACGAGACCACGGUGCAGUUGACCGAGCUGCUGACGCUGCCGGUGCUCAUGCAGCGCUCCCUUACUGCCCCGCUGGCUGCCCACGUCUCCCUGGUGAACAAAGCUGCAGUUGACUACUUCUUUGCGGAGCUGCACCUGGAGGCGCACUUUGAGGCUUUGCGGCACUUCCUGCUGAUGGAGGAUGGGGAGUUUGCCCAGUCCCUGAGUGACCUGCUCUUUGAGAAGCUCGGGGCUGGGCAGACACCUGGGGAACUGCUCAACCCACUGGUCCUCAACUGCAUCCUGAGCAAGGCCCUCCAGUACAGCCUCCAUGGGGACACCCCACAUGCCACCAACCUCUCCUUCGCCCUCAAGUACCUGCCUGAAGUGUUUGCUCCCAAUGCCCCGGAUGUGCUGAGCUGCCUGGAGCUCAGGUACAAGGUCGACUGGCCCCUCAACAUCGUCAUCACCGAGAACUGCCUGAGCAAGUACAGCGGCAUCUUCUCCUUCCUGCUGCAGCUGAAGCUCAUGAUGUGGACGCUCAAGGACAUCUGCUUCCACCUCAAGCGCACAGCCCUGGUGAGCCACACAGCUGGCUCAGUGCAGUUCCGCCAGCUGCAGCUGUUCAAACACGAGAUGCAGCACUUUGUGAAGGUCACCCAGGGCUACAUCGCCAACCAGAUCCUGCAUGUCAGCUGGUGUGAGUUCAGGGCCCGGCUGGCCACAGUGGGCAACCUUGAGGAGAUCCAGCGCGCCCAUGCAGAGUAUCUGCACAAGGCUGUCUUCAGGGGCCUGCUCACUGAGAAGGCAGCACCGGUCAUGAACAUCAUCCAUAGCAUUUUCAGCCUGGUGCUGAAGUUCCGCAGCCAGCUCAUCUCCCAGGCCUGGGGCCCAGCCAGUGGCCCCCAGGGUGCUGAGCACCCCAACUUUGCUCUCAUGCAGCAGUCCUACAGUACCUUCAAGUACUACUCCCACUUCCUCUUCAAAGUGGUGACCAAGUUGGUGAACCGUGGUUACCAGCCCCACCUCGAGGACUUCUUGCUGCGCAUCAACUUCAACAGCUACUACCAGGACGCCUGAGGAGCCUCUCCCGGCAGGGGCUGGGCAGGGAAGGAGGCAGAGCCGCCACAGGCCUGAGGAAGCUGAGUUUUAUUUAGGGACCUGGCCCAGACCUUCUUUGAGGAUGAGGUGGACAGGGGGCUGCCACUGCUGCCCCAAGGCCUCGCCCCCUCUGCAUCACCUGCAAGGAGGUGGAGCCCUUGUCCCCACACUCGGAGAGCUGGACUCAGGUAGUGCUGCUGAGCUGGCUUCCAACAGAGACUGGUCAGGGUCUGACUGGAGGCCUCUGCCAUCAUGGAGAGAAGCUAGGGGCAGCCUGGCACAUCUCGGCAGUUCAGCAGCACUGAGCGCCUCAGGAGAGGCCGAGGCACUACGAGGAUCAUGUCACACACAGCUCUGCUGCCCAGAGUGGGGGCUUGCUGCUAUAGGACUGUCCCCCAGGGACUGCCUCCGCAGCCUCAGAGCCUCCAGCCGCUUCCCCAUCGCUGUGGUAAGGAGAUUCCAGCAGCUUCAGCACCCGCCGUACCUGGAGGGAGAGUCCAGGUGAGGGAUGCUGGCCAGCCCACCCUCCCAGGGACAGAGUGAGGACAGGGGCAUGCUUGCCUCUGAGAAGUCCCCCUUCUCGGCGGCCUCGAUGGCGCUCUGUGCGAUGUAGUUCCUCAGGACGUACUUGGGGUUGUUGGCCUUCAUCACGCGCACUCGCUCUGCCUGCCAGGCCGCCACAUCGCCGGCACCCUCCAUGUCCCUCUCCAGCCGGACUCUGGAAUCACAGCCCAGCUGCUCUUUCAGCAGGAGCAGCCACAGGGCGCCCAUGCAGGAUCAUCUGCAACCACCUGAGCCGUGGCCGCGGCACAGAGCAGCAGGCACCCUGCAACCCUGCGUUCGGGGCUCACCGGUAUUCUUGCAGCCAGUCAGCCCAACGGCCCCUGUUCCUGCUCUGCAGCUCCUCGGGGCUCAACUGCUCCAGCCGUGACUGCUGCUCCACACGGUCCAGCUCCCUUGCCAGGUUUGCCUGGGUGCCAAUGAGUGCGAAGAGCUGUGGGUUCGACUGCGCCAGCAUGAGCAUCAUGGAGAGCUGCCUGGGGGAGGAGGCAUGAGCCUGCAGCCAGGGCCGCUAUCCUUUGCCCCAGGUGGGCACCAGCUGCAGGUCUGCUGCUUGGGGUGUCAGCUCACAUGCUAACAAAGCGUGUCCUCCUGGAUAAUCACCAGCCCCAGAGCAUAAUGCCUGUCACUCCCCACUAAACUCCUUUCUGUGUGA